UAAAAUUCGUCUGCUGUCCACGUCGGACCGGCAAUAAAACUGAUUGGAGAACGAUGGCAACACUUCAGGCUAUCAAAUACAAUGAUGGUCAAUUAGAAAUUCUCGACCAGCUGCUACUGCCGGAAUCUUGUACUUUCAUCCCAAUUUUCAAUGUAGAAGAUGCUUGGGCAGCCAUUCGUGAAAUGAAGGUCCGCGGAGCUCCGGCCAUUGCUAUCGUAGGUUGCCUGAGUUUGGCUGCUGAAUUGAGGAAGUUGGCAGCACCAGAUACCAAGGAAGAGCUCUGUCGUUUGGUCAAAGAAAAACUGGACUACCUGGUAACUUCGAGACCAACAGCCGUAAACAUGCAGUUGGCCGCAGAGGCCUGCGUCAAGCUGUGCACUCAACUUACCGCCAACACUUUAGUAAAUGUGGCCGAAGCCAAAGAUGCAGUCGUUAAAAGUUUGGAAGCCACGCUAGCCAAUGACAUGGCAGAUAAUCUGGCCAUAGGGGAGCACGGAGCUAACGACGUAAUGAAGAAAACGGCAACCAAAGACAAGAUCAGAAUCAUGACCCAUUGCAACACAGGAUCGCUGGCAACAGCAGGGUACGGCACUGCCCUGGGAGUCAUUCGCAGCCUACACAAAGCCAGCAAAUUGGACCAAGUCUACUGCACAGAGACCAGACCUUACAAUCAGGGCUCUCGGCUGACUGCUUUCGAAUUGGUGUACGAAAAGAUCCCUGCCACUCUCGUUUGCGAUAGCAUGGCGGCUGCAGCUAUGAAGCAGUUCAAGAUUGAUGCUGUCAUCGUCGGUGCCGACCGGGUGGCGGCCAACGGCGAUACAGCUAACAAAAUAGGAACCUAUCAGCUGGCCGUACUAGCCAAGAGCCACGACGUCCUCUUCUACGUGGCGGCUCCAUUUUCGUCGAUAGAUUUUCAAAUUCCAAAUGGUCGGUCCAUUCCCAUCGAAGAGCGUCCUCAUUCGGAAAUGACGCACACGGGUUCCCUACGUACCGCCGCAGCCGGGAUCAAUUGCUGGAACCCUGGAUUCGAUGUCACUCCAGCCGAACUGAUAACCGGUGGCAUCAUCACGGAGAAAGGCGUUUUCAAAGCUGACCAACUAGCUCCACCUCAGUAAUUUGGUAUUGUUUUCAUGUUUUUUUUUUUGUUGUGUUGGUUGUGAUUGACAAUGACCGUUGCAAUACUGAUGCCGGUGUAGUUGGAUAAA